AUGGAUAUUUCAAAUGUACUCCACAAUUAUAGAGUACGGCUUUUCGAUGAGUUCGAAGGGAAAGAUAUUGAAACAAAUUUAAAUAUAAUAAAACAAAAAUAUGAAGAUAAAUUAGUAUCUAUUUUAAAACAAGUAAAAUAUAAAACAUCUUUGCAUAAAAGUUGUGAAAAAUCUUGUUUUUGCUCAAAAUACCAGAAUGAUAACUAUUGCCCAUGUAGCCAAAUAAACCAGAAAUAUCAAAAAAAUGAAAUAAAUGAGGAAAAUAAAAAUCAGGACAAUUUAAAUUCUGAAAAACAAACACAAGUUCAUAUUACAAAUGAAAGCUCGGAUAAAAAAAGAAAACGAAAUGACAACCAUAAUGAAAAUUAUGAAAAAAAAAAUGAGGGAGAAAAUAUAGCAGAAGAUAACAACAAAGAAGAGCAAAUUCAAAAUCCAUUAAAAAGACAAAAUAUGAAUUCAGGUAAAAUAAAAGAUAUACAUAUAUCUGAUACAAUAGAAUUUAAUGAACAUAAAAAUGAAACAAUAAAUAAUUUAAAUACAUUUAUAAAAGUUGAUGAGGAUAUAAAAUUUUUGGAUUCAACAGAUUUAUUUUUCAAUAUUCCUAUUAAAAAAGAUUGUAUUUUAAAAGAUAUAUUUACAAAAUUAACACAAGAAAUUAAAAAUAAAAAUUAUCAAAAUGUUUAUAAAUACGUAUAUUUAGAGUGUUACAAAAGAAAUCAAAAUAAAAUCCAAGAACAAGGAUUUUGUUGUAAUUUACAAAAAAACUUCAAAACUAUUAUUAAUUUCUAUUUUACUAGUUUUGUAGAACAGUUCUCAUUAUUUUAUUUUGAUUUUUUUUUAUGUAUAGUAAAAGGAAUAAUAACAAUCGAAUCAGGAAUUAAUUAUAUUUCCAACGAUUUAGCACCUUUACAUCAUGAACAUUCCAUGAAAUUUAAUUUUCCAUUUUUCAAAAUAAAUACAGAUACUAAUAACAUGCAUGAUGAAAAAUAUAAUACUAAUUUAGAUAAUACUUAUUUAAUUUUGCCAUUUAAAAUAGUUAUAUUAAAUAGCUUUCAAUACAUAUUUGAAAUUGUACAUUAUUUAAGAGAAAAACAAAAUGAUCUUUACACAAAUUAUAAAGAUAUUAUAUUUCAAUGUAUUGUAAUGUUAGAAAAAAAAAAAAUAAUUUCUUAUAAAGAUGCAACUACAUAUAUAGAAUGUAAAAAUUUUGAUAAAAUAAAUAUAUUUCCAAAAGAACUAAAUAAGCUUAUUACCAAAUUGAAAACAAAAAAUAUGUAUAGUAUAUCAAUUUAUAAUUUAAUCAGAGAAAAUAUCAAUGGUUAUUCUAAAAUAAUUUUUUUGUUAGAUCAAUUUUUUGCAAACAAUUUAAAUUCCCCUAUUGAUAGAUCAAAUCAAAAUAGUAAACUUUCUUCAAAAUUUUACUCGAAAUAUAUCCUUAAAAGAAAAAAAAAAAAAAAAAAUGAGCAAACAACACAUAACAAAGAUGAUCAAAAUGGAAAUUAUCAAACAAAUUUUUCUCAUGAAUUUUUGAUUUCUUCAGAUUUUGAGAAUAUCUCAGAUUCAUCAUUAUCGUUAUUAUCAUACAAUAAUGACAAUAGUAAUAAUGAUAAUAACAAUUUAAAAAAAAAAAAAAAAUUAAAACAUGAAACGUUGGGAAGUGUCAAAGAACACACUUACGAACCUGCUAGACAAUACAAUGAAUUUGAAAAAAAUCAACAAAAAAUUAAUUGUUCAUCAUUGAAAAGAAAAUGGAAAAAACAUUUAAAUUGCUAUUAUUGUAAUGAUAUAAUAAAUUUGAAAAAAAUAAUUUUUAAAAUUGCGGGAUUACAUAAUUUAUGUCCACGUAGAAUAAUAUCAAUAUUAUUGUUUUAUUAUGAACAAAAUAUAAAUAGCGAAAAACAACUUCUUCCUUUAUUUUAUUUAUAUUCAAAAGAAAGUAUAACCGAUGUAAUAAUACUUGAAUUGAAAAUAAAAAAUAAUUAUAUUCAAGAAAAAAAUUUAGAAAAAUUAGACAAAUUAAAAAUUAUAUAUAACAAAAAUGAAAUUGAGGAAAAUGAAAAUAAAUAUCAUCUUCCUGAAUUUUUAUUAAAUACUAAUAAAUUUUUUAGUUACAAUUAUUUCAAAAUGUGUUCUAUUUUAAUUUUAAAUGAUCUCUUAAAUUUAAAUAUAUUUUACAAUAAUUUAUUACCUAAUGAUAUUUUAUUAAAACAUACAUUUAAUGAAUUGUACAAAAAAUAUUAUGAUGAUUAUGAUAAUACAUUUUCAGAUAAAAUUAUUUCACUUUUCCAUUAUUAUAUUCCAUAUGAUAUCAAUAAAAUGUAUGACAUUUUUGAAACUCUUAAAUCUGGUUAUUUUGAAAAAAAAAAUCAAAAUUUCGAAAAAUCAAAAUUAACUAAUUUGGAAAACAAAACUUCAAAUACAUUACAAACAAAUAAUGAAAAUUCAGAAAAUGAUAUAAAAAAUAAUUCACCAGAAUUGUCUAGAACCAAUAAUUCCAAUAUUGAUGAUAUUUAUAAUAAUAAUUCAAAAAGUUUAAAUAAAUUAUUAGAAAAUACAGAUGAUCCUCUUUCUAUACAUGAUAUAGUAGUUAACUACAGUUUGAACAUUAACAAUCCAGAUUUAAAAAAAAAAUGCCAAAACAUUUUAGAAUCACAAAAUAAAGAUGCAAUAAAAUAUUAUUUAUAUGAUUCCUUAACUAAUAACACACAAAAUAAUGGAGAAAAUUUUAUAAAAAUGUAUAUAGAAAGGGAAAUUAAAAUAAGAAAUGAAUCUAAAAAUUCAAAAUAUUUAGCUUAUAAUAAUGCACACAACUAUUUAUUUCUAGAAGAAGAUCAUUAUUUUCUUGUUUUAAGUCGUUUAUUUUUUAUGAUAAAUCAAAAAUUUUUAUUUUUAUCAACAUUAAUAGAUUUAAAUGCUUGGAGUUAUGCUACAAUUAUAAUUAAUCAUUUAACUAGUUUUAAUUCAAAUCCAUUUAUGAACUAUUUUGUUACUAAAUCUUUGGCCCAACUUCUUAAUUAUCUUUUAACCCCUUUGAUAAAUAAUUUUUAUGAUAUUAAAAAAAAAAAGCCAAUAAAAAAUGAAGCAUGUUUCUUUUGCAAAUUAAACAUAAAUUCAUCUAACCUUGUUGGAUACAAUUCUAUUAAAACUAUUAAUCAAAAUAAAAAGCAUCUUAAAAAUUUAUUUAAAAAUGAAAAAAGUAUCAAAAUAAAUAAAAAAAAAGUAAAACAGUUAAUCAAAUUAUAUAAAUAUAAUUAUAAAUUAUUUGUAUUAAAAAAUCAAGAAAAAAAUAAUAUAAAUAACAAAAACAUAUUUAUAGACAAAAAUCAUAUAUCUAUUUCGAUAAAAAAAAAAAAAAAAAAAAAUUUAAAGAAUAAGCAUUUUCCAUUACAAAAGUUUUUCUUUUUAUCAAACAUUUCUGAAGAAAAACAAAACACAUUUCAUACACCUUCCAACUCCGAUUUAAAACCGAAAGAUGCCAUAUACAAUAACAAUGAACAAACAUAUCUAAAAGAAAUACAAACUAUGGAUGAAUUUUUCGAUAUAUUCUUACCUUUCUUAAAAUAUUUAGGAUAUUUUACAUAUAUAUAUGAUGAACUUCAACAAAAUGUGUUAAAAAUUUUAUUAAAAUAUGUCGAAAUUAUGACAAAAAAAAAUAGUAAUAAUGAAACUCAAGCUGAACAAAUAGACAAAUUCCAUCCAAAAUUUUAUUCAUUUUUAAAUUUCUUUUUUUUAUCAUUAAAUAACAAUUGCGAAGAAAUAAAUGAAAAUCUAAUUAAUACCCAUUUAUGGAAUAUAUUAAAAUUAAUACCUGUUUCUACAAGAUAUAAAGUGUAUUUCAAUUUUUAUAAUUUAAUAGAAAAACAAAAAAAAGAUAUUAUUAAAUAUAAAAAUCAAAUUCUUAUACCUAAUGAUUUUUUUGAUGAAAACUGUAAAAAUAGUGAAAACAAAACAGAUAAUACUUUAUUAGAAAAACAAAAUAAUAACAUAAAUCCACAUUUUGCAACCCUUCCAAUUAACUCAAUAUAUUUUUUCUCCUUAUUUAAUUUCGAAUUAAUUAAAACAAAAAUAAGAAAAAUUAUUAAAAGAGCAACAGCAGAUAUAUUAAAAGAUAGACAAAAUGUUAAAGUCCAAAAUAUGCUAUCAGAAUUUAAUUUUAUAAUAAAUAGAAAUCCAUUUAUUGGUGCUGAAGUCAUUAUACAACAAUGUGAAUUAUUUGAUAAUAAUAUGAUUAUAACUUUAACUGAAUCUAUUAAGCAUAUUCAUAUAUUUUCAAGUGAUAUUUUUUUAUAUAAAAUUAUAGAAAAACAACAAUUAUUAAAUGUUAAUACUUUUAAUUUAAAUAAACAAAAUAAUAUGAACAGUUCAGAAUUUUGUGCUGAUAAUGUUUUUAGACCCAAAAAAUUAAUAAAUCUUUCAUUAUUUAGUGCAAUAUUUAUGUCAAAACAUCCACCUGUUGAAUUUUAUCCAAUACUUAUUUCAACAUUAAAAAGAAUAUUUUCAGAAAUGCAUACAUCAGAUGAGUUAUUUUUACGACGUUUUUCACCAAAUACUCAAAACAUUGAUCAAGAUAUGCAAAUAAAUGAUUCUAAUAUGAAUAUAAAAAAUGAUGAUACAAAUAAAAUGAUAAUAUUAAAAGCACAUAAUAAAAAAUAUCCUGAUUUAAUGAGUGGAUAUAUAUUCGAUUUAGAGUAUAUUCAAAAACUUAUCGAAAUAUAUGGUGGAACUAGUACAUAUGUAGAAGUACAAGCAUUAAAUGAAGAUCAAUUAGAUGCACAAGGGGGGUUUCGAAAUCUAAAAAAAGAAGUCAUGAUUAUUGAAAAUGAUUUAGAUAUGAAUAUUAAUAAUACAGAAUAUGAUUAUAUAGAAAAAAAUCAAAUUGAAAAUGAAAAAUUAAAAUCAGAAUGUAUUUCUUAUGCAUCCAAAGUAUUAUUAAAUCCUAAUAUUAUAUAUUUAAUGUUUUGUAUUUUGUCAAAAUUGAAACAUGAAUAUUUAUAUGAUAGUAAUACAUUUAAUCUCAAAAAUUUGUCAUUUAUAGUUGACCAAAUAAAUUCUAUUCUUUUACAAUAUAUUGACUUUUUACAAACAAAUUCAACUCCUAAACUUUAUAUAUCUAUUAUUCCAAAUAUUAUCACUAUAUUCCAAUUUUUUGAUAUACCUCAAGCUUUUCAAAUAAUUAGAUUUUCCUUCCCAUUCUUUGAUCAAAAUGAUAUCCAAAACGAACUAGAUGCAGAAAAGGAAAAAGAUAACGAUCAAGAUUAUGAAUCAGAAACAGAUGAAGAAACAGAUCCAUGGAUAGAUACUAUGAUGCCAAUUGUUGAAAAAUACAUAAACAUAGAAAACUUAAAUGGAAUAAAUAUCAAAUUCUAUUUAAUUUAUUGGAGAUUACAUAUAUCAGAUAUUUAUGUUCCACAUAAACAGUAUAAAAAAAUAAUAGACAAUUUUGAUAUGCUUAUAAAUAAGUUAGAAAAAUAUUUCGUUGAUAAUAAAAAACAUGGCGAUCUUAAUUGGAUACAUAAAAAAAUAGAAAAAUUAAAUUUUAGAAAAGCUCAAAUAAAAAAUGAAUAUGAAUAUCAUAUACUUCAUACGAACAAAAUUAAAAAAAAAUUAUCACAUAUAAUAGAGCAUUGGGUCGAUCCUGAAGAAAUCGAUUUUAAUACAUUCACUUCUUUUGUUAAAUGUUUAAUUGCUCCAAGGAUAUUAAAUAGUGAAAAAGAUUCAUUAUUUUGUUCUAAAUUUAUACAAGUAUUAGUAGAAUUCUAUACCCCUCUUUUUAAUUUAUGCACAUUAGUUCAAGUUUUAACAAAAAUGUUAAUUCCUCUUAUAAAUUCAUGCACAGAAAAAGAAUCACUAAAUGUCGGAAUAUUUUUUAACGACCUUUUCUCAUAUUUAUAUGUAUUAUGUGAUGAUGUCAAAUAUUUUCAUAAUAUAUCAAAUAACAAUCCAUGUUUUAGUAACACUUUAAAUUUCGAAUCAAAGAUUACUAUUAAUCAUGGUGAUAUUGUUCAGAAAAUUUAUAAAUGGGAAAAUUAUAUUAUUGCUUUGCUUUUUGACCAUAACAAUAAUGAUGAAAAAACUUGGAUUAAUUAUAAAUCGAUAGUUGUCUUUUUAUUUAGAUUAGUUAAUUCAUUUCCAUAUUCAUCAAAAAUUAAGGAUUCUAUAAUAAAUCAUUUGCAAAAUUUACAAAAUAUUUCAAAAGCACAUGGUUGGAAAGAUAUAUUAAUAUCAAUUAAUAGCCUAAAACAAAUAAUGGAAAAAAAUAAAAAACUCACUGGUGCAGAAAAAAAAGAUGAACAAGAACCCAAGGGAAAACCACCAAAGAUAAAUGAAACGCCACAAAAAUCUGAUUCAAACGUAACUAUGACCCCAUUUAACACAUCUCGUCAUGCUCAUACAAAUUCGGGCUCCCAUUUUAUGCCAGUGGCAAAGAAUAUUUACAAUCAAAGCAUACAUCAUGUAAUGCCAAAUGCUCUCAAUUUACCUCCAAAGCCAUUUAUGAAAGAAAAUUUUAACAAAAUUCCCCCGCCUCAAGAGCCAAAUAAAUACAUGUUAAAAAGAAGAUAUCGCUAUUUUUAA